UCUGAGAUGGAUAAUUAUGCACAUUUACUAGCCUGCAAAUCACCAGUAGGACUUUUGCACCUAAAGCGACAGCAGCUACAGAAGCUUUGUAAAAAACUGGGCUUGAAGGCUGGUGGCAAGAAUGUUGAUCUGAUUUCACGGCUAUCAGAAUGUAUCAAGGAACCUGUUACAGAUGAGCCAAUAUCUCCUUCUCUUCCCCUUGUGGUAAAGGAAGAAGUAAUCUCUCCAAGUGGAGACCAGUCUGAGCAGGGUCAUGACACUGCUUCCUGCUGCCAAGUUCCAGAGCAAGGUCGAGUCCUGAGUGACUCUAGCUGGUGUGUUGUUCAUGGGAUGGAGAUUAUUACUCCUGGCCAGCCUCUGUACCCCCUGACCCUGAAGAAUGGCCGGAUACUGGUUGCUGCUGGAGACAUGCUCGUCCCAUUCCACUUGAUCCCAGCAGCCGUGGUGACUCCACCCCACCUGGAGGACAACAGGAUCUGUGCAGAGUGCUUCCAAUUAAAUCAAGUGAAGAACUCUGCAAUGCAGACUUCCCCUUCCCAACAACAUUCAGGUUGUUACUUCACUUCUGACAGCAGGUCAAAGCGAACAACGUUCAGCCGAUACUCUCCACAGGAGGAUAAGGGCUACGCAACAAAGGUGGAGAAACUGUUGCUGAACAUCGCUAACGGUGAUAUGACUGUGGACCAAGCUUUUAGAUCAGGGAGACCAAAGGUGCUACACUCUCCCAAGUGCUGAGGCUUAGUUGCUGCUUGGUCACUGGAAAAUGUUUUUGUUUUUAAAUGAGCAAUUCUUGACCUUGAGUUACUACAUGGUGGAUUAAAUAAAGGCAUUCUCUGACAUUUA